UACUGGUGACUCCCAUCAAGUGGCAACUCCAUCACCUAGGAUGAUACAAUCUCAAUGAAUGAAUUAAGCAUAAUUCCUCCCAUCAAUCGCCCCUAGAAUAUUCCCUAGACGGUGAGAUGAUUCAAGUUUCAAGACAAUGUGAUGAGUGCAGCAGUGACGUUGAGCGAUCGGCAAAUCCAUCGUAUGACGAAUCCCGAUCAUGCCACGGCCGCGGCCACAACCACAGCCACGGCCCACACAUCAGGCUACCCCGACUCUCCCUCAGAUGAUCGGCACCCGUCCCCGUCUCCUUAUAAAUAACCACUUCCCCGGACUCUGGACUCCUCCGUAUUAUACCCGCUCUGGACAACUGGACAUAUUCAACCAACCACCCAAACUUACUAAACACAUUCAUCCACCAUGAACCUCUCCGCCUCAUCCGGAUCUCCACGACCAUUCAUCAAGGGCCCAUCUCUCCCGCCCGCAUUCAAGAGACCUUCUCGGUGGUACCUCCCCCUAAUGGGCGCCAUCGCACUCGGCUUCGGAAUCACAAACUACUACCAAGACCAAGCCAAACACUACCAAUACACCCGAGAAGAAGAAGAACGGCUGCGCAGGAACCGCGCCCUGAUGGAUGCGUACGGGGAUAAAGAGACUGUGCAGGAUAUUGAGCGCGCGUUGGUGGUUUAUGAUUUGCAGUGAUAUGCUUAGGAUGGUUGGGAUAGGAUAUGGGUAUGGAUGGGUAUGGGUUUGGAUUGGGUUUGAUGGCGUUAAUGGCGUUGGGAUUGGUGCCUGGCUGGGCUGGGCUGGGUCGAUUUGGGAUGGUUCAUCUUGAUGAUAUGGAACGGGGGAUUUGGGGAAGGAAUGCUUGAUGCGUUCCGUUAUGAUAAUGACUAUGAGGCAAGCUGGUAUUGCAUUCAUUUAUCACCACCACUGGUCAAGGAAUUCAUUGUUCUAUAUUCUUG